AUGGGGUGGCGAAGGGUUUGGUUCUGUGUCCUUGCAUUGUCUGUUGCCAGUGUCAUCGAUGUUCAAGCCAGACUGGUACGCAACCAUGUCAGCAGCAUCUGCAGCACAUGGGGCAGAGAGCACUUCAAAACGUUCGACGGUGAUGUUUACCAGUUCCCUGGUAUGUGUGAGUACAACCUGGUCUCCGACUGCCACGAGUCCUACCAAGAGUUCUCUGUGCAUCUGAAGAGAAAGGACAAUGAUGGAAACCCUACAGUCAGCCAUGUGGUGGUCACCAUCAAUGAACUCCUCUUCUACCUCAUCAAAGACAUGGUCAUUGUGAAUGACAACCCUGUCAAACUGCCAUACCACAGUGCAGGGGUACAAGUGGAAAGAAAUGCUGUGUACUUUAAGCUCCAAUCUAAAGUCGGCAUCACCGUCAUGUGGAACGGAGAUGAUGCAGUCAUG